GAGUAAGGGAGAUGUAACUGCUACGUUUCGCAACUUCUACAGCUUCCUGUCAAUUUCCAUAGUCUAGGGGCAUCUUUUGGUGUCUUUUGACUUGAAUAGAAUAUGAGACUAUUUCUGGAUUCAUUGCUUUCUUUUCGAUUCUUCGUUCUUCUAUACCUGCUCCCGUCAUGUCUGGCAUUUCAACUGACAUCUUUUGGGCCUAAAAAUUAUGCUCCCGAUAGCAUUGUUGAUACGACGGUAAAUACUGUUUCUCCAUCUUAUGGUGCGGAACAUGGGACCGACAUUUUAAAUUAUGAGUAUUAUGAUGAUCGAUUUCAUUUCUGUCGACCCGAAACUGUUGUUCAACAACCCGAAUCUCUCGGAAGCGUCUUAUUUGGUGACCGUUUUUACAAUUCUCCUUUGGAAUUGAGAAUGCUAAAAAAUGUGUCUUGCCUCCCACUAUGUUCGUCUUACAUUACCGAACCAGAUAUUCAAUUUUUCAAAGACCUAAUCUCCCAAAACUACGUAGUUCACUGGAACAUUGACAACCUUCCUAUUGCUACCUAUGCAGAACAUGCUAACCCCGGUGAGUACUUGUUGACUCCCGGAUUUCCAUUGGGAAGAGUUACGAAAGAGGGUAUUCACCUCUACAACCAUUAUGAUAUUAUCGUUGAAUAUCACACUACUACUCAAAAUCAACAUCGGGUGGUGGGUGCUUAUGUAAAGCCAGUAUCCCGCAAAUCAAAAGUAGUAAGCGAUCCUGAAUGCUCUACGUCAACUUCUCCCGAAAUUCUACCUGACCGAGGUGAUUUAACGUUUGUCACUUCUUAUUCAGUAACCUGGAAAUAUUCCACAACCCCUUGGGCUACUCGUUGGGACAAGUAUAUGCACGGACCUUCAAAUCAGAUUCGAUGGAUGUUUUUAUUAUAUUCGGGUAUUUUUGACUUUUUCCUAAUCUUUAUCGUUUGUCUUAUAUUGUUCCGUACUUUGAACCGUGACAUAAACAAGUACAACAGCGCAUUUUUGGAUCAAGAAGAUGUUCAAGAGGACUUUGGCUGGAAACUGGUUCAUGGCGAUGUAUUCCGACCUCCUCGUAGACCUAUGCUUUUUUCUAUUCUUUUAGGAACUGGUGCUCAACUAUUGUUUAUGACAUCCGCAAUUAUUUUGUUUGCUAUCUUUGGAAUUGUUGCACCUUCACGGCGUGGAAGCCUUGCUACGGCCAUCGUAGCCUUAUUUAUUGUCUCCGGCUUUGUAUCUGGUUUUGUGUCUUCGAUUUCUUACAAAGUAAUGCAGGGAAUGCUGAGGAAGAGAAAUCUUUUAUUAACCCCAUUCGUCGUUCCUGGAAUUUUGUUACUGGGAGCUCUAUUCUUCAAUGUAUUGUUUUCAAUUAAGAAUUCUUCUUCAGCAGUCCCUUUCACAAGUUGGUUGUUAUUAAUUUUUCUUUACUUAGUAUUUACUGUGCCAUUGAGUUUUGUCGGGUCAUUGAUCGGAUUCCGAUCAAGAGAAUUUGUUCCUCCUGUUAGAACGAAUCAAAUACCCCGUCAGAUUCCUUCUCAAAGUAUCUGGAUUUCUACUGCUUCUUCUGCCUUUAUCGGCGGAGCCAUUCCUUUUGUUACUAUCUUAAUUGAGCUUUAUUUUAUUUUGGAUAGCUUAUGGUUUCAUCCCUUAUACUUCAUGUUUGGUUUUUCGUUUUUCUGUUUUGGUAUUUUAAUUACAACUUGUGUUAUGAUAUCAAUCAUCACAGUAUACAUUCAAUUGUGCACCGAAAAUUAUAAUUGGUGGUGGCGAUCUUUCAUCACGCCUGGCUUUUGCGGUGUCUAUGUCUUUAUAUUUUCUAUUAUUUAUUGGAUUAACAGAAUUUCUUCGACUUCGUUUGCAACUACACUAUUGUACUUUGGUUACAGUCUUAUGAUCUCUAUUCUAGUUUUCUUAUUAUGCGGCUCUGUUGGGUUCUUUGGCUCUUUCCUCUUUGUGAACAAAAUAUAUGGUUCCAUUAAAAUAGAUUAGCCUCCCAGGAUCAACCAGAGC